CGGAAAGAAGUGGGGGAGCGUGUUCCCUGGGAGUCAGGGAGAACCUUGCCUCCCUCCCUGUCAGCUAGACAACUCCUGCCCACACAUCUCCUUUGUGUGGCACGAGAAGCUGGUGAACCUGCCUAUUCCCAAUCCAGCGCUGGGUCCCCUUGAGGAUCUUGCGUCCUCCUCUCCGAGUUAUUAAGGAUGCAGGACGUGUUUCGGAUUCGACGUGGAAAGAGGGAGGGAAGCACAUUAGCAUUAAGGAUGGAGAACCUAAUAAGGGGAAGGAAUCCCCCGCAAUACCAGAGAAGUCCUUGUAAAGAGGUUCGUGCAGCACUUCGGAAGAGGCCUGAAGAGGAGUUGCAGUGCCUGGAGAUGACCACCAAACGGAAAAUCAUCGGCCGUCUGGUGCCAUGCCGAUGUUUCCGAGGUGAAGAAGAAAUCAUCUCAGUUUUAGAUUACUCCCACUGCAGUCUUCAGCAGGUGCCAAAGGAGGUCUUUAACUUCGAACGAACAUUAGAGGAGCUUUAUCUAGAUGCCAAUCAAAUUGAAGAACUACCCAAGCAAUUGUUCAACUGUCAAGCUCUACGAAAACUAAGUAUUCCUGAUAACGACCUUUCAAAUCUGCCAACCACUAUUGCUAGUUUAGUUAAUCUUAAAGAACUCGACAUCAGUAAAAAUGGUGUACAAGAAUUUCCAGAAAACAUAAAGUGCUGUAAGUGUUUAACAAUUAUUGAAGCCAGUGUCAAUCCCAUUUCUAAACUACCUGAUGGCUUCACACAGCUCCUAAACCUGACCCAGCUCUACCUGAAUGACGCCUUUCUUGAAUUUCUUCCAGCCAAUUUUGGAAGACUUGUCAAAUUGCGGAUCUUGGAGUUAAGAGAAAAUCACUUGAAAACUCUACCAAAGUCAAUGCACAAACUGGCCCAGUUGGAAAGACUUGACCUAGGCAAUAAUGAAUUCGGUGAGCUGCCUGAAGUUCUGGAUCAAAUACAAAAUUUGAGGGAGUUAUGGAUGGAUAAUAAUGCAUUACAAGUGUUACCUGGGUCUAUAGGGAAGUUAAAGAUGUUGGUAUACCUGGAUAUGUCAAAAAACAGAAUAGAAACAGUUGACAUGGACAUUUCUGGAUGUGAAGCCCUUGAGGACCUCUUAUUGUCAUCCAAUAUGUUGCAACAAUUGCCUGAUUCUAUAGGACUUUUGAAAAAACUAACAACUCUAAAAGUAGAUGACAAUCAACUUACAAUGCUACCCAAUACAAUUGGAAAUUUAUCUUUAUUAGAAGAAUUUGACUGUAGCUGUAAUGAACUGGAGUCACUACCUUCUACUAUUGGCUACCUUCAUAGUCUUCGGACAUUAGCAGUUGAUGAGAAUUUCCUUCCAGAAUUACCCAGAGAAAUUGGAAGUUGUAAGAAUGUAACAGUCAUGUCUCUACGCUCCAACAAAUUAGAAUUUCUUCCUGAAGAGAUUGGACAGAUGCAGAAACUAAGAGUCCUAAAUUUGAGUGACAACAGAUUGAAGAAUUUACCAUUCUCAUUUACCAAACUUAAAGAGCUUGCAGCUUUGUGGCUUUCUGACAAUCAGUCCAAAGCCCUUAUCCCUUUACAAACAGAAGCCCAUCCAGAAACAAAGCAAAGAGUAUUGACUAACUACAUGUUUCCCCAGCAGCCUCGUGGUGAUGAAGAUUUCCAGUCAGACAGUGACAGCUUUAACCCUACACUGUGGGAAGAGCAGAGACAACAACGCAUGACUGUUGCCUUUGAAUUUGAAGACAAAAAAGAAGAUGACGAAAAUGCCGGGAAAGUUAAGGAUCUCUCCUGCCAAGCCCCCUGGGAAAGGGGCCAGCGUGGGAUUACUCUCCAACCUGCCAGACUGUCUGGCGAUUGCUGCACACCAUGGGCCAGGUGUGAUCAGCAGAUCCAAGAUAUGCCCGUCCCCCAGAAUGACCCACAGCUGGCAUGGGGUUGUAUAAGUGGCCUCCAGCAGGAAAGGAGCAUGUGUACUCCAUUGCCAGUUGCAGCACAAUCCACCACUCUUCCCUCUCUAAGUGGCAGACAGGUUGAAAUAAACCUAAAACGAUAUCCAACUCCUUACCCAGAGGAUUUAAAGAAUAUGGUAAAAUCUGUUCAAAAUUUGGUGGGUAAGCCAAGCCAUGGAGUGCGUGUUGAGAAUUCAAAUCCAACUGCUAACACGGAGCAAACUGUGAAAGAAAAAUAUGAACACAAGUGGCCGGUAGCCCCAAAGGAGAUUACAGUGGAGGAUUCUUUUGUUCAUCCAGCUAAUGAAAUGAGGAUUGGGGAACUUCACCCUUCAUUAGCUGAGACCCCUCUGUACCCACCCAAACUUGUUCUGCUAGGGAAGGACAAAAAAGAAUCAACUGAUGAGUCUGAAGUUGACAAAACUCACUGUCUGAAUAACAGUGUUUCCUCAGGCACUUACUCAGACUACUCGCCUUCCCAGGCUUCCUCAGGAUCCUCUAAUACCCGGGUUAAAGUGGGGUCCUUGCAGACAACAGCUAAAGAUGCAGUACAUAAUUCUUUGUGGGGUAACAGGAUUGCACCAUCUUUCCCACAGCCUCUUGAUUCAAAGCCAUUACUCAGCCAGCGGGAGGCUGUUCCCCCAGGCAAUAUACCACAGCGUCCUGACCGGCUGCCCAUGAGUGAUACUUUCACUGACAACUGGACUGAUGGCUCGCAUUAUGACAACACAGGGUUUGUUGCUGAGGAAACCACAGCCGAGAAUGCCAACAGUAAUCCUCUCUUAAGUUCGAAAUCUAGAAGCACAUCUUCGCAUGGACGCAGGCCUUUGAUCAGGCAAGACAGGAUUGUUGGUGUUCCCCUGGAACUCGAGCAGUCUACACACAGACACACACCAGAAACAGAAGUGCCUCCUUCCAAUCCUUGGCAGAAUUGGACCAGAACCCCUAGUCCGUUUGAAGACAGGACCGCUUUUCCUUCCAAAUUAGAGACAACCCCCACUACCAGCCCAUUGCCUGAAAGGAAAGAACAUAUAAAGGAAUCUACUGAAAUACCUAGUCCUUUUUCUCCAGGCGUACCAUGGGAGUAUCAUGAUUCCAAUCCCAACAGGAGUCUUAGUAAUGUCUUUUCUCAAAUCCACUGCCGCCCGGAAUCUUCUAAAGGUGUUAUUUCAAUUAGCAAAAGCACAGAGAGGCUUUCCCCCCUAAUGAAAGAUAUCAAGUCUAAUAAAUUCAAAAAGUCACAGAGUAUCGAUGAGAUUGACAUUGGUACAUAUAAGGUGUAUAACAUACCAUUAGAAAACUAUGCUUCUGGGAGUGAUCACUUAGGAAGCCACGAACGACCAGAUAAGAUGCUGGGACCAGAGCAUGGUAUGUCCAGUAUGUCUCGAAGCCAGUCAGUCCCAAUGCUGGAUGAUGAGAUGCUCACCUACGGAAGUAGUAAGGGGCCACAACAACAAAAAGCUUCUAUGACAAAAAAAGUCUAUCAGUUUGACCAAAGCUUCAAUCCUCAAGGAUCAGUGGAAGUGAAAGCUGAAAAGAGGAUACCACCCCCUUUUCAACACAAUCCCGAGUACGUGCAACAGGCCAGCAAAAACAUCGCCAAGGAUUUGAUUAGUCCUAGAGCUUACAGAGGAUACCCACCGAUGGAGCAAAUGUUUUCAUUUUCUCAGCCAUCUGUGAAUGAGGAUGCUGUGGUGAAUGCCCAGUUCGCAAGCCAAGGGGCCAGGGCGGGCUUCCUGAGAAGGGCCGACUCCCUGGUGAGCGCCACAGAAAUGGCCAUGUUUAGAAGGGUCAAUGAGCCUCAUGAGCUGCCCCCAACUGAUAGGUACGGCAGACCCCCAUAUAGGGGAGGGCUGGAUCGCCAAAGCAGCGUUACAGUGACUGAGUCCCAGUUCCUGAAAAGGAAUGGCAGGUAUGAAGAUGAACACCCUUCAUAUCAAGAAGUGAAAGCUCAGGCGGGAAGUUUUCCGGUUAAAAACCUUACCCAAAGGAGGCCAUUGUCUGCGAGAAGCUACAGUACAGAGAGUUACGGUGCCUCCCAAACCAGGCCAGUUUCAGCUAGGCCUACUAUGGCAGCUCUUUUGGAAAAAAUACCAUCUGACUAUAACUUGGGUAACUAUGGUGACAAGCCAUCAGAUAACAGUGAUUUAAAGACGAGGCCUACUCCUGUGAAGGGAGAGGAGAGCUGUGGUAAAAUGCCUGCAGACUGGAGACAACAGCUGCUUAGACAUAUAGAAGCUAGACGGUUAGACAGGAAUGCUGCUUACAAACACAAUACAGUUAACCUUGGCAUGCUGCCCUAUGGAGGUAUUUCAGCAAUGCAUGCAGGCAGAAGCAUGACUUUAAACUUGCAGACUAAGUCUAAAUUUGAUCAUCAAGAACUACCUCUUCAGAAAACCCCGUCCCAGCAAAGCAACAUUUUAGACAAUGGACAAGAAGAUGUAUCUCCUAGUGGCCAAUGGAAUCCUUAUCCACUUGGGAGGCGGGAUGUACCUCCGGACACCAUUACUAAAAAGGCAGGCAGCCACAUCCAGACGUUGAUGGGGUCCCAAAGCCUUCAGCAUCGCAGCCGGGAGCAGCAGCCAUAUGAAGGAAAUAUAAACAAAGUGACCAUCCAGCAAUUUCAGUCACCAUUGCCUAUUCAGAUCCCCUCUUCACAGGCCACCCGGGGACCUCAGCCUGGACGGUGCUUAAUUCAAACUAAAGGGCAAAGGAGUAUGGAUGGAUAUCCAGAGCAGUUUUGUGUGAGAAUAGAAAAGAAUCCUGGCCUUGGAUUUAGUAUCAGUGGUGGAAUUAGUGGACAAGGAAAUCCAUUCAAACCUUCUGACAAGGGUAUCUUUGUUACUAGGGUUCAGCCUGAUGGGCCAGCAUCAAACUUACUGCAGCCUGGUGAUAAGAUCCUUCAGGCGAAUGGACACAGUUUUGUACAUAUGGAACAUGAAAAAGCUGUAUUACUACUGAAGAGUUUCCAGAACACAGUAGACCUAGUUAUUCAACCACACCGAUCAAAUAUGUCUGAUGAAUACAUUCUUAUCAAGAGGCAAGAGUACAACAUAACCAGGUCAAAAGCCAUACUGAGGAAAACAUUUACUGUAGCUGAAUCUCUGAGGCCUAAAGUAUAUUAUUCAUAAACUGAAAACAUUUGGAGACAUUUCAUUGAAGAAUAUAACAAAAACAUUAAAUAUUAUGAUUAUAAAUAUUAAAAUAAAUAUUUGUUGGGCAUCAACUACAUAUCAGGUACUACGAGGGAUGUAAUGUGGUCCCCUCAGCACAGAAUCUCACAGUCCAGAGGAAAGAUGAGAGAAGUUCCACAUCAAAGACAGUACAAGGCAAUGUGGUGAGUCCCUUUAUUCCUGCCCUCAACCAUCCUAUUGCAAAAGGAAAUCGAGUCUUUAUCUAGUCAAAUCUGUUUCAGUUUGAGCAUGGUUUGUUCCAUUUGGAGCUACAGAUAGGUCUUCUGCUGGCUCUUGUGACCUUCACACAGCUCACAUAAAGAGUGUCACGAAGCCGGGCACGGUGACUUAUGCCUGUAAUCCCAGCACUUAGGGAGGCCGAGGCAGGUGGAUCACUUGAGGUCAGGAAUUGGAGAGCAGCCUGACCAACAUGCUGAAACCUCAUCUCUACUAAAAAUAUGAAAAAUUAGCCGGGCAUUGUGGCACGCACCUGUAAUCCUAGUUACUGGGGAGGCUGAGGCAGGAGAAUUGCUUCAACCCAGCAGGCGGAGGUUGCAGUGAGCUGAGAUGGCACCACAGCUCUCCAGCCUGGGUGACAGAGUGAGACUCCAUCUUAAAAAAAAAAAAAAAAAAGUGUCACGAAAAGUGUGAGCUAGACAAA